AUGGACUUUGAAGUGAAGGACUACGAUAUCCGAGUGGACUACGUGCUGGACGAGAAAGUGGGGGAGGGCAUGGAGGGGGUCGUGUACAGGGGCUUCAGCAAGGCCGAAAAGAAAGAGGUGGCGGUCAAGGUGCUCAACAAGAGGAACAUGGACAUGGAUGCGCAGAUCGCCCUCGAGAGCUAAAUCAUGAUCAUGAGCCAGGUCAACCAUCCGAACAUCGUCCGGCUGCUGGACGUGUACGACACUGAGCAGGCCUGCUACCUGGUGCUGGAGAUGAUGCAGGGCGGGGAGCUAUUCGACCGGAUCGUCUAACGCGAGGUCUACACCGAGGAGGACGCCUGCGAGGUGCUGGUGCCGGUGAUCGACGCGAUCCGGUUCUGCCACAGGCUGGGCAUCGCUCAUCGUGACAUCAAGCCUGAAAACCUGCUGUACUCGGAGGAAGGCGCACGAGGGAUCAUCAAGGUCAGCGACUUCGGCAUCUCCAAGAUCAUCAACGAGGGGCUGACUCACACCGCGGUAGGGACACCCAGCUACAUCGCCCCCGAGGUGAUCGAAGGCCGGGGGUACUCGAUGAAGAUCGACUACUGGGCGGUGGGCGUGAUCCUGUACAUCCUUCUGUGCGGGUACCCGCCCUUCAGCGAGGACAACAACGAAAAGCUGUUCCAGCUGAUAAAGGGCGCACAGUACGAGUUUCCCGAAGAGGACUGGGCCUGCAUCAGCGAGGAGGCCAAGGACCUGAUCCGCCACCUGCUGGAGGUCAGCCCCGACAAGCGCUACGGGGCGGAAUAGAUAUUCGCGCACCCUUGGAUCCGCAGCAAGAAGAGCGAGCUGGUGCUCAAGGAGGUGCCUGAGAAGAUAAAGAACUACAACGCCCGCAGGCGUCUGCGGAAGGCCUCCAUCACUGUCUUCGCCUCGAAGGUGCUGUCCAAGACCCUCAUGAAAAAGUGA